AUGGUGACAAAAGACGCAUGCUUGGAUAAGUUACCUUCACAAAAAAUAUAUGCUGCAUUUGAACAGAACAAUGGUGGCAAACAGCAGUGUAAGGAGAGGAAUUCUGUGACGAAGGAUAUAGAGAACAUCUUAAAAGACAAAUUAAACCAACACUGGAAAAAUGAUGAAAAGAAAUGUGCAAAAAAAAUUACAGAGGUUUGGUGUGAUGUAUCUGAGUUGACGUCGAAGAAACAGGCAUGUACCGUAAUUUGCGAUUUCUUUUAUUUGUGGCUACACAAUAAAUUAUCUAACAUCUUGGGACCUUUUAUAUCAGUUGAGAAUACUAUGAGGGAUAUCUACACUAAAUUGGAGGGAAGGUCCAGCGGCAACCAAUGUAGUUAUGAAACUACGCGCGGUAAUAAUGGCGAAAACUUUCUCCAAUGGAGAAAAUUAAUAUUCGAUUAUUAUUAUGACUACAGAACUAUAUGGAACAAACUGAAGGAUUGCAGGCCCCCGGAGUGUUCCUGUAAAAGGAAAUAUGAUGGCUACUUAAAUGGAGCUAAAAGCGCUUAUAGCCAAGUAGAAGCAAAUUGUGGAUCGGAACUUCAUAGUAAUGAUGCCUUUUGUACGAAAUUCUGGAAUAAGAAGUUCCAACAAAGUGGAAGUGAUGGAGAUGGUGGUAGAAACCCUAUCCCAAAACCAGGGGACUUGAAGAAUAAAGCUAUGAGAGGGGAAUCUCCAUCAUCACCACCAGGCGAGGAAGGGGACGAGGAAGAGCAUCUCCGUUCCUGUUUGGAACAGCUGUCUGCAGCAAGUAUUGCAUCAUCAGAACAUACGUCAACAGAUCAGUUGCCACAGGUGGAGGGAGGUGGAAGUGGUGUUGCCCCAAUCGUAUCUUCCACAGUUGCCACAUUAGUAGGACUACCAGCGGUUGCCUUCUUUUUAUAUAAAGUAUACAAUUAUAAUUUAUAG